AUGAAUGAUGGUCCCAAACUAACUGAUAAAGACUUUUUUUCAAUAUAUCCUACAUAUGAAAGUAUUUUGGAAAAGGUGAUAGUACCUAAGGAGUUAGAAUUAUUUGAUAUUUUAUGUCCUCCAAGAAAACUUUGUAAAAAGGAUGAAAUAAUAGAUUGUAAUAAAUUUUUAAUAGAUGAAUCAAUUUUAGAUGAGAAAACCACUUUAGGGGAAAAUGAUCUUUAUUCAGAUUUUAACUGUUCUAUUUGUUUCAAAAUAUUACGUCGUACAAUGGUUGUAAAAGAUUGUCUUCAUCGUUUUUGUAACUCAUGCAUUGAAAAGUGUGUUCGAAUUGGAUUAAGAGAAUGUCCUCAAUGUCGUCUACAUAUUGCUUCUAGAAGAUCUCUCCGAAGUGAUAGUAUAAUGGAUACUGUAGCAUCACGCUUAUUUCCAAAAGUAGCAGAGUUUGAGAAACAACAUGAAGAGAUGGUAAUAGAGAAUAAUCGUCGACUAUCAGAAGCUAGAAUGUCUAUAAAGAAUGAAUCUAAAUAUAUAUCAAAUAGAUCUUCAAACAACAAUAAGAUGAAGUCAGAUUAUUCUAAUGAUAAGAUAACUGUUAAGAUUACAUUUAAAUGUGAAAAUCCAGAUUUAUUAUAUUUAUUUAAUAAUGGUAAGCUAGAAUUGAUAUUAACAGAAAAUGUCCCUAUAAAGUAUAUUCUCAAGUAUAUAGAAGGAAAAUUAAGGAUAGAAAAUAUGAAUGAAAAUUAUAAAGUUAUGCUAGGAUUUUGUUCUGAAUAUGAAGAUGGAAAGACUGUUUUAUCAGAUUCUCUAUAUAAUCUACCAAUUAAACUAGCUUAUAAUAAGCUAUUCAAUUCAAAAUUUACACAAGAGUGCAUAUCUUUAUCUAUUAUAUGUAAUAUAAGGAAUAUUUCUUAA